AUGGAUAACCUGACAAUUACAAACAACAUUCUACUUGUGGAGGGACUAAAAGUUACACCUCAGUCUUCCUAUCCUGUUUUUGUCCUGCUUCUCUUGGUUUAUGUAUUUGCAAUGGGAUGUAACAUUGGACUAAUAAUUCUGAUCUCGACGGAGAAGAAUCUACAUCAUCCUAUGCAUUUUCUGUUCUGUAACUUGCCACUGAAUGAUAUACUAGGAACCACCGUCAUGUUGCCACGCUUAAUGCAAGACAUUUUAAGGGAAGCUUCAGAACGCUAUAUUACAUAUGUGGAAUGUGUUGUUCAAGCAUAUUUUGUGCACAUAUUUGCAGCAGCAAGCCACUAUGUGUUGAUGAUAGGUCUCACUAUACGCUUGUCUCGCUGCAGACAUCAAAUUGAAAACCCUUUCUGUGACAAUGCCUCAUUGUUUAAACUGUCCUGUGAAAAUGUGUCUAUUAACAAUGUGUUUGGAUUAAUUUAUACUGUUAUUGUUUUUACCUUCUCUCUUGGGUCUGUAUUUAUAACAUAUACCAAGAUUGCUGCUGUAUGCAUAACCAGCAAAAACAAAGCACUCAACAGCAAAGCCAUCAAAACAUGUGGCACUCAUAUAGCUGUUUAUAUAAUCAUGUUUGCUUCUUGUGCCACCAUGGUUUUUCUUCAUCGUUUUCCUGAAUAUUCGGACAACAGGAAAUUAGCUAGUAUAAUGUUUCAUAUAGUGCCACCAGGACUAAAUCCUUUAGUAUAUGGUUUACAAACCAAAGAAAUAAGACAAAAACUUGUCAAAUUUUGGAACAGAAAUAAAGUUAAUAAUAAAACAAUAAAAAGUUAA